AUUAAAGGAAUUUCCAAGAGUGACGGAAUCUUUGGUCGAAUCAGUGAUAGCGGGACGAUCGAACAUUUCCUCCACCUCCACCUCAUCUAAUACGUCAACGAACAACGACUUGGAUCUUCCCCUUGUUGUUCCUGCAUAUUGACAUUUACCAACCAUCAUUCACCGGUCGAAAUAGAAAGUACCGAGGUACACGAGCUAUCGGUACAUCGAGAUCAAGUAUAAGAUCCCUCAUCUACAGAAACGAGAGAGCUGUCCAUCUACCGUACCACCUACAAAGAUCGAACAAUGGGUGACCCCGCGACACCUGUAGCUGUACCAGAACCUCCCACUGCUACGAGUACGAGUAUAAACAACAAGGCUCUCGAGACCCAUGCCGGAGAUCAAUACGAUGUACCUUCGUAUGAACCUCAUUCCUCCUUGGUCGACUUGAAGGAACGUAUAAGACAUCAUUAUGAAUUGGCUUCAGAUUAUUAUUAUUCUUUAUGGGGCCAACACAUCCACCACGCCUACUUUCUCAACCCGACCGACACCAAAGAAACGGGUCAAACCAAUUUGAUCAAUCUCCUUUUGGAAAUCUCAUCCCUCGACCCGUCUACCACCGUUCUCGACGUCGGUUGUGGCAUAGGAGGCACCACUCGUCACCUGGCCCGCGACCAUGGCUGUACCGUCACCGGCAUCACCAUCAGUGGUCGUCAAGUCCAAAUUGCAACUCGUCUGACCGGCGAAGAUGCCAGCAGCGGCCCAUCUCAAAAUUCUGGCGACAACGGCUUUACCGGUAUCGGCACCCGGAAUGGUCGUGUCAAAUACAUCGAACUCGAUGCCGAAAAGAUGCAAGAUCACUUCUCCCCCGAGACUUUCGACUGUGUCUGGAUUUCCGAAGCCUUGAGUCAUUUCCCUGAUAAACCAUUGUUUUUUCGCAACGCGGCGAGAGUGUUGAAGCCAGGAAAGGGCAAAUUGGUCAUUGCCGAUUGGUUCAAAGCCGAAAACCUAGAUGACAAGGCCAUGGAGGAUGACAUCAAACCUAUUGAGGAUGGCAUGUUGCUCCCUCCACUAUGUACACAAAAGGAUUAUGUGUCCAUGGCGGAGAGUGCCGGACUCAAGGUUCUUCACGAACCGAAGGACAUAAGUAAAGAUGUUGCAAAGACAUGGGACAUUUCAUGGGACCUCAUCGCUUCCCCUUCACUGUGGGCAUUUGCCAUUUCCCAAGGUCGGGACGGCUUGUCGUUCCUCCAGGCCUUCCGGGCCAUGCGUAGAGGUUACGCCAAUGGGACAUUUAGAUACGCCGUCAUGGCUUUUGAAAAGCCUUGACCUUCCUCCCACCCCCACAGCACCGCUAUAAUGGAAGGUGAAGGUCGAAGAACUUGUAGGACCACAUCCACCCCUCCCAUCUCCUCUUCCAUCGUACAUACAUACAUGAAUACAUACAUGCACAUCCAUCUUCAUACCACGACAAGAUCUAUAUACACAAAUCAAU